ACAUUACCUCUCUCUCUACAAAACUUUGGGAACUGUUUGCUUUCUUCUCUGUUUUACAUUCUCUCUCUCAGUCUCUCUUGUUUGUUCUCUGUAUUUCAUCUUGAAGCUUAAAGAGUUAUAAAACAGAGCACUCUGUUUUAAUUCCUCCUUCUCUUCUUCACUAAGUUUUGUUGUACCUUCGAAUAUCAGUAUCUUCUCGUAAGAGGAAAGAUGACAAACCAAAAUGUGGUAGUGGCUGAUACAAGCUCUGGAAUCAACUUGGCAAUCACAGUGCAUGUAACAAACUCCUCUAUCUUCACCACGGCCAAGCAGAAGCCUCCGGCGGCUCCUGGUGGUUACAUCACUAUUUCCAGAAACAAACUUUUAAAGAAUCUUGAAAUCAGUGGAGGAGCAAGAUUUAAUGCUUGGGUUAAUUCCAUGAGAACCUCAUCUCCUACUCAUGUCAACUCCACACCUUCUGUUAAUGACGACCAAAGCUCAUGGAUUCUUCACCACCCAUCAGCACUGGAGAUGUUUGGGCAGAUAAUUGAUGCCUCCAAAGGAAAGCAAAUAGUUAUGUUUUUGGACUAUGAUGGCACACUUUCUCCUAUCGUUGAUGACCCAGAUAGAGCUUUCAUGUCCAAGCAGAUGAGAGCAACAGUGAGAAAGCUUGCGAGAUUUUUCCCUACUGCAAUAGUGAGUGGGAGAUGCAGAGACAAGGUGUAUAACUUUGUACGGUUAGCCGAACUGUACUAUGCUGGAAGCCAUGGCAUGGACAUCAAAGGGCCAGCCAAAGGCAGCAAAUACAAGAAAGGCAGUGAAGGUGUUGUUUUUCAAGCUGGCAGUGAGUUUCUUCCGAUGAUUGAUGAGGUUUACAAAGAACUGGUAGAGAGAACUAAAACAACACCAGGGGCCAAGGUGGAAAAUAACAAAUUCUGUCUCUCUGUGCACUAUCGCUGCGUUGAUGAGAAGAAAUGGAGUGGACUGGCUCAAGUAGUUAAGUCAGUGUUGAAGGAGUACCCAAAGCUUCGACUCACUCAAGGAAGAAAGGUUUUAGAAAUCCGCCCUACCAUUAAAUGGGACAAAGGAAAGGCUCUUGAAUUUUUGUUAGAGUCUCUUGGAUUCGCCAAUUGUACUGAUGUUUUUCCUGUUUACAUUGGAGAUGAUAGAACAGACGAGGAUGCAUUUAAGGUGCUGAGAGAGAGAGGACAAGGUUUUGGUAUCUUGGUCUCUAAAUUCCCCAAGGACACUAGUGCAUCUUAUUCCCUACAAGAACCCACCCAGGUCAUGGAUUUUUUGCAACGUUUGGUGCAGUGGAAACGGCGAGCCUUUCAAGAGCAGUCAAGGGUUUAAGAUGGAGUAGGAAAAUCGAAACAGUAUAUAUAUAUAUAUACCCACCCCUUCAAGAAAUGUAAUUAAGGGUGGGAUCGAUGUUAGACUACGUAAUUUCUUGUUCAGGUUAAAAAAAUAUGAACAAGAAAAUACGAAGGGAAAAAACAUGACUCUUUCCUUGAGAUGAGAGGCCUUGUAGUAACUAGCCAGCUGGGUACAAGGGGAAAUUAAGAUCUGUAACUUGCAAGUAAUUAAUCUAAAUGCAUAGAUAUUUUGAUCUCUC